AUGUCUCUAGCAACUUUAGAUGCCUCGCAACAUCCUAAUCUCCCCGAAUCCGCCAUUGCCCUUUUCGCUGCCAAGGCAACAAAGAAAUUGAGCUUUGAGCAAAUUGCCGCACAUAUCGGCCGCAAUGAGGUUGCCACUGCUGCCAUCUUUUAUGGCCAAGCUAAAGCAUCCGAGGAGGACAUUCAAAAACUCUCCGAGCUCCUAGAUAUCUCCCACCUUCUACUCGACGGCUUGCUGAGUGGAUUCCCGGAUCGUGGCCGAUCAGUGGAGAUGCCGCCAAAGGAGCCACUUAUUUACCGACUCUACGAGAUUGUGCAGAACUAUGGGUAUGCAUACAAGGCAAUCCUGAAUGAGAAGUUUGGAGACGGAAUCAUGAGUGCCAUCUCGUUUUCCACCAAGGUGGAGAAAGAGACAGAUGCUGAUGGUAAUAAUUGGGCCGUCAUCACCCUGCGUGGUAAAUGGCUGCCAUUCUCUCGGUUUUAA